GGGCCCUGGGCUACCUUACAGAGGGACCCGGGCCACUCAGCUCCGCUUCCCGCUGCCGGCCCGAAGACGUGGACAGCAGCGGCUCUGUGCUGCAGCUGUGACAUCGUGAUUCCCUGCCCAUGAUGCCUCUCGCAGGAACUCCAGCUCCUAACAAGAGGAAAAAGUCCACAAAAAUCAUCAUGGAGCUGAACCGAGAUGGUGGGCAGGAGGGGUCCCGUCUGAACCUGGGGAAGAAGAUCAGCAUCCCUAGAGAUGUGAUGCUGGAGGAACUCUCCCUCCUCACUAACCGUGGCUCCAAGAUGUUCAAGCUCCGUAAGAAGCGGGUGGAGAAGUUUAUCUACGAGAACAACCCCGAUGUCUUUACUGACAGCUCCCUGGAUCACUUCCAGAAAUUCAUCCCCACCACGGGAGGCCAGCUGGGAGGAGGUGGCCGCCAGGGUAUCUCGUACGCCAGUGGACGGAUGGUCGGCGGCGUUUCAGCAGGGCAGUAUGGAUCUGACCAGCAGCAACAGAAUCUCCACGGGCAUUCUGCUACGCUGGCAGGCCACGGAGGGUCCGGUGGCAAAUCCGGUGAAGGGGAAGGGGUUGGAACAGGAAGCAACAGCGCACCAGGAACAGGAGAUAACGCAGGAGGAGAAGGAAAACACAUCACCAUCUUUAAGACCUACAUUUCCCCUUGGGAGCGAGCCAUGGGGGUCAAUGCCCAGCAGAAAGUUGAACUCGGUGUUGACUUGCUGGCCUAUGGGGCCAAAGCCGAUCUUCCCCACUACAAGUCCUUCAACAGGACCGCGAUGCCAUAUGGUGGGUACGAGAAGGCAUCCAAAAGAAUGACCUUCCAGAUGCCCAAGCUUGAUAUCGGGCCCCUGCUGCCCGAGCCCCUCUUUCUCUUGAAUCAAAGCAUCUCCAACAGACCCUCCUUCAACCGGACCCCAGUCCCCUGGCUGGGCUCGGGGGAGCCCAACGAGUACCACAUCGAGGUCAACAUCCCUCUGGAUGGUGAAACGGAGGAGCUGUGAUGUGCUUCCCACCUUCCACUCCUCAUGCUCUCCCUGAACCUCUGCCUCUGCCUGCCCUGCUCAUCAGGGAGGAGUUGACUUGCUGACCACCGUUCCCCCAAAUUCCUCCUCUUCUUUUACUUUAUAUCAGCUGCAAGGCCAGUAGUUCCUAGCUGGAGCUGGAUUGACUUGUGUGUUUUCACCAAGAGUGGGAGCGAGGCUGUGCAGGAAAGGAGAGGGGCAGAAACGAGGAGAGUGUAUUAUUUGGCAGGAGGGGAGAGGGACAGAAAGAGGGAGAGUGCAUUUGUCUCAUACCCUGCGGGCCGCUCUAUGUAUGGUGCUUUUAGUAAAGACAUGGGGCUGACUGCCUGCUUGUUCCCCUAGCCUGCCUGCUCCACAUGGCAUCGCCUCUGUUU